AUGGAUCAUGACUCAGGCGAAGGGAAGCUGGAGAGUGCGCCAAAGUUCGACGGGAGCAACUAUUGGACUUGGAGUUUCCGAUUCGAGCAAUGGGCAGAGGCACACGAUCCAUGGGGGUACUUUGAUGGUUCGGAGGAGCGGCCUGCAUCGGGUGACGCACGGCUAAAGUGGGAGAGGAGAAAUCAGAAGGCAUUCACCCAAUUUUGCAAUGCCUUGGUGCCAGAUGAGCUGAUUCGCUUGGUACGGGAGUUCGGCGGCAAGACCGAGUUGGGCAGCGCACCUGUUGAUGGCGGAGCAAGAGUGGUCACCCGAGCUCCUGCAGGCACAGCAGCGGCAUACACACGAGUGAAGGAGUUCUUCCUUCAGCGUGGAUUGUGUAACCGGAUGGCACUCUCUGAGGAGCUCUCUUCCUUGAAGAUGAAAGAAGGGGAGGGAGUGGCUGCAUACUGGGCGCGUGCCGAGGACUUGAGGUCCAAGUACUUGGUUGCAGGAGGGAAGGAGGAGGUUGAGGAGUGGAUGAUGAGGGUACUCAAAGGACUACCUCCUCACUUUGAGAUGCUGAAGGUAGUGCUGAACAACCAAUCAUCAUCGCUUACUAAGGAUCAGCUGCUUACCUCUUUGAGGAGCGAGGAGAUGCGGAUUGGUGUCGCACCAAGAUCGGAUGGUGUAGCCACUUUUGGAGCGGGUACGAAAGUGGGCAGCAUCGGCAGGGGAAAUUGGGACAAGGGAGGAAAGCAUGGUGGCAGCGGUAACAGCAGCGGCACCAACUUGGGCAGAUGGGGUCAGGGGAAAGGCAAAGCAGGAGUGCUUGAUUUCCCUUGGGGGUCCAAGGGCAUGGCUCCUUGGGGGUUGUGUCAUGGCUGUUGGGAUGAGGGACAUGCAUGGAAGCGAUGUCCUCACCGACCUAAGGGAGGCAUUCCGGCAUUCUUACAGCGGGGGGGUUGUGGGUCCAACGGCAAGGCACACGUGGCGGAUGAGGAAGAACAGGAUGACAAGGCAGAGGUAGCGGUUGGAGAGGCAGUUGCAGCAGUAGGAGGGGAGCAGCCGCGAGAGGGGUGGUGGAUUGACAGUGGAGCCAGCCACAACUUUACUCCUUAUGCAUCCGACUUCAAGAGUAAGCUUGAGCCACCUGAGAUUUGGGGAGUUAGAUUGGGAGAUGGACGAGUGGUGAAAGCUGUUGGCAUGGUUGAGGUGCCAGUGGUUGGUGCUGGAGGUCAGCUGCUGAGGACUCAAAAGGUCCACCUUGUGCCUGAGAUGCACACACGUCUGCUGUCAGUCCCACACCUCACCUCUCGGGAUGUCAUCGUCACAUUCCAGGGCAAGAGAUGUGUUAUCAAACGGGGAGAUAGGGUGUUGGCGAUUGGAGAAAAGGAUGGGGGAAGGGACCAUGGUUUGUGGCAUAAGGACGUGGAGUUGGAGUGUGGGCGGAAGCUGAAGGCUGUUCGCUCAGACAGGGGUGGCGAGUUCUUGGGGGACGCUGUGAAAGCAUGGAAGGCGGAGUUUGGCAUAAAAACACAAUUGAGCGUCGCAGAUGCACCGCAGCAGAAUGGGGUCGUGGAGAGGUGGCACAGGACGAUGGCAGAGGGGAUUCGCACAUUGUUGGUCGACAGUGGUCUCCCUACUCGAUUGUGGGGUGAAGCAUUGAUGUGGGUCGUGUGGGUUAAGAACAGGGUCACCCACAGUGCUUUGCCUGCCACCAUCACACCAAUGGAGGCGUGGUUCGGCCAGAAGCCGCAUGUGGGCAUGGCUCGGAUUUGGGGUUGCAUGGGGAGUGUCAUGCUGCAUGGGCAUGAGAAGGGUGGCAAGCUUGAUGCACGGGCUGUCAUGUGUGUCUGUGUUGGGGUGGACAUGGAGAGCAAGGGUUGGCGCAUGCUGGACCCUUCUCUCAUGCGCAUUCGCAUUGCUCGGGAUGUUGACUUUCUUGAGAAUGUGAUGUGGAAGGAUUGGGACAAGGCAAAGGGAUUUGGGGAGCUUCUGCAGGAUGCAGCUGAGAUUUCACAGCUCCUCCCUCUUCCACUCUCGCCACCCUCAGCAGCGGUUGACGACGCUGAGAUGCCACCUUCAUCACCGCCACCGGCGCCGCUGAGUGUGUCGGUGCAGCAGCAGCCCACCCCUCUACAGCAGCUCCGUGGCCCCUCGGUCAUUCAACGGCGAUCCGCUACGCAUGCUACUUCCUCUUCCUCCUCCUCUGGUCAGCGCUCUGUCCCUUUCUCUACGGGUGCACCUACGUCACCAGCGACUACCUCCCCACCACCGGUUACGGGUUUGCAGGUGCUUGGUAUCCAGUCUAGUACAGGUGGUGAGGAGGUAGGGGGGGAUACUGGUGUGGUUGAGGGCAUGCUGUGUUUGGCUAGGGAGGUGGAGGGUGUUGCACUAGCAGGUGUGAGCACCGGUGAUGUCCCACGCACACUCGCUGAGGCACUGCGUGGCCCUGAGGGCCCUGCGUGGAAGGCAGGUGCUGAGAAGGAGGUGAAUGCAAUGCGCACUAUGGGUAAGCUGCGGUAA